UUUAUUAUGGCAUCCUAAAAUAUCAAUAGUUAUUUCAAUGAAAUUUCUAUAAAAUCGUUAUUUAGAUGCCUAAUAGCUAAAGUACUAUGUGGAAUAAGGUGCUUAAUCGUAACUAAUUUUUAGUACAGAUUAUUGUAAAUUGUUGCAUAUUGCACCUGUACCACAGUGAUGUCUUAAUAGCCCCGUCCAUAAAUUUGACGUAAAUGGCCUGAUUUAGAACGACGGGCACUUGCUGGCAUAAAUAUCUGAGCCGCAAUAUUUGUUUUCCAUAGAUUCAUUCGCCUUUCCACUGGCUUUUCCGCUCGUUUGCUCUCCGAGUCUUGGGAGAUUUUCCUUCGGAACAGAUUUCCACCAGUUGAAUUUUGGCGCCCGCGCUGAUCGGUUGUGCAGUCGGGAAAAUCUCGCGUUUGAUCUUGUGGACGAAAAUGUGCCGUGCAAAGGCGUGGGUCUAUUUUUAGACAACUUGCUGAUUUCCACACUCGCCGCCGUGCUCUAAAUCAGAUUGAGAAUCGAUAACUGUCCAAUUAAUUGCACAUCGUCGGGCUCUAAGGCCGUUCGACCAGAAGGGAGAUAUCCGGAAUCUGUGGAAUCGGUUAUAUAAUCCAUGUGCGACUAAAAUGGCCAGCAAAUUUCAGAGGAAACCAUCUCCCGGCGGAGCAAUGGGCAUGGGAGGGGGGGCAUCGAGUGUUUCCUCUACGCCGAGCCACCAGCCGAGGAAAAGGGUGAAACGCUGCUGCCGCAACUUCGUCACCUUUAUGUGCACCCAGGUGGGCGUGGGCGCACUGAUCGUGAUCUAUGCCAUCUGUGGGGCAUUCGCCUUCAUGCACAUCGAACGCCAGUUCGUGGACAAGACGGCUGGCCAAGUGAUGGAGCUGCGCCAGAACUGCUCCCAGCAGCUGUGGAGCAUCACGGAGCAGCACAACAUUAUCGAUCGUCGGCGCUGGACGGAGGCCACAAACGAGGUACUGAGGGAGUACCAGGCGCAAAUAGCCGGAGUUGUCAAACACGGCUAUGUGGGCAGAAGUCCCGAGCAGAUCUGGAGCUUUCCGGCUGCCCUGAUGUUCUGCCUGUCGGUGAUAACCAUGAUUGGCUACGGCAACAUGGUGCCUCGAACACCGUGGGGCAAGGGAUUCACCGUGAUCUAUGCCACCUUCGGCAUACCGCUGUACAUCCUGUACUUCCUCAACAUGGGCAGAGUGCUGGCCAGAUCGUUUAAGUUCCUCUACCGAUCCCUGCACGAUUGCACCCAGGAGCACCCGCGCCUGGAUCGAUUGGACGCCCUUGAGGGUGGUGUGGGCAUGACACGCAAAAAGGUCAUUGUGCCGUCAACUGCUUGCCUGUGGGUCAUAUUCUUUUACGUGCUCACCGGCACCGUGAUGUUCGCCAAUUGGGAGAAAUGGAGCUUACUGAACAGCUUUUACUUCUGCAUGACCUCGCUGUGCAAGAUUGGAUUUGGCGACUUUGUGCCCGGCGCCUCGCUGACCACCAGCGCAGAUGUGAAUGCGGCGACGCAAAAGUUGCAGGAGGACAUUUCAGCCGAUCCUGCCGAGCUGGCUCAGCUGCAGUCGGUGGCCGCCGAUCAGCACUCCAAAUUGGCCAUCAACUUUGUCUACAUGCUGCUGGGCAUGGGUCUGGUGGCCAUGUGUCGCAACCUGAUGCGGGAAGAGGUGCGCCUAAAGGCACGCGAGAUGCGCGAGGACGCCAAACUUUGCAUGGAGGACACUCGGCUGCGAUUCGUCGGCUGCUGCGGGAAUCCUAGGGAUCCGUACGAGGAUGAUUACUACUAGGAUUAGGAGAGGUUGUUAGGAAGGGUUUCAAACAACGGCGUCCCUUAUUCAAAUUUAUAUUUUAAACUAAGCUAUCACUAAUCCGAAAUGGUUCUAUUCUGUUGAAACUAAAGAAAAAGCAAGUGUAUUAUAAGAAGAUCGUAUUUAACGUUAGGGUUAUAGUUCUGUAACAGAAGUGGUCUAUAUCAUCAGUUGUUCAGUUUAAAUCUUUCGAAAGAUAUUAGGACAUUUUAACAAUUUGUGGAAGUUUUCAAAAUAAGCGUUUGUGUGUGAAGCUGUGAAAAUGAUGCUGAGAUUGGUUAAUCCACCACUUGCCCUGCCCACCAAGUAAUCCUCCAUGUACCGAUUCGAU